CCGAGGAUCCCCGGGAGGCGGGGUCAGGGCGGGCCGGCGCUCGGUUCCCGGAAGCCGCUGCCUGUGAGUGAGGCUCCCGCCGAGCGGACCGGCGCCGCGGCCGGAGGUCCAGCAUCCUCUCCCGCGCCCUCCCGGAACCGCGCAUACCGCCACCACCGCGGUACCCCCGGGGCAAGAUGCUGCCGGUGCACACCCAGGUGAAGCCCAACCCGUUGCAGGACGCCAACCUCUGCUCGCGCCUGUUCUUUUGGUGGCUCAACCCCUUGUUUAAAGCUGGCCACAAGCGGAGACUGGAGGAAGAUGACAUGUUUUCAGUGCUUCCAGAAGAUCGCUCAAAGCACCUCGGAGAGGAGUUGCAAGGGUACUGGGAUAAAGAAGUUCUGCGAGCCAAGAAGGACGCACGGAAACCUUCCUUAACUAAGGCGAUCAUAAAGUGUUACUGGAAGUCUUACGUGAUUUUGGGAAUUUUUACGUUAAUUGAGGAAAGCACCAGAGUGGUUCAGCCCAUAUUUUUAGGGAAAAUUAUUGAUUAUUUUGAGAAGUACAAUUCCAGCGACUCCGUGGCUCUGGCCACAGCCUAUGGCUACGCUGCGGUGCUGUCGGUGUGCACACUGAUUCUGGCCAUCCUGCACCACUUGUACUUUUACCAUGUGCAGUGUGCUGGCAUGAGGCUAAGGGUAGCCAUGUGCCACAUGAUUUACCGGAAGGCACUUCGGUUAAGUAACUCGGCCAUGGGGAAGACGACCACGGGCCAGAUAGUCAACUUGCUCUCCAACGACGUGAACAAAUUCGACCACGUGACAAUUUUCCUGCACUUUCUGUGGGCGGGGCCGCUGCAGGCCAUCGCAGUGACCAUCCUUCUCUGGGUGGAAAUAGGAAUUGCCUGCCUGGCGGGCAUGGCCGUUCUGGUAAUUCUUCUGCCUCUGCAAAGCUGUAUUGGGAAGCUGUUCUCAUCACUGCGGAGUAAGACCGCAGCGUUCACUGACACCAGGAUCAGGACCAUGAAUGAAGUCAUAACGGGCAUGAGGAUAAUAAAGAUGUACGCGUGGGAGGAGUCAUUCGCUGACCUCAUUACCAACCUGAGAAAGAAGGAAAUUUCCAAGAUUCUGAGCAGUUCCUACCUCAGAGGGAUGAACAUGGCGUCGUUCUUCAUCGCAAACAAGGUCAUCCUGUUUGUGACCUUCACUACCUACGUGCUGCUUGGCAAUGAGAUCACGGCUAGCCGCGUCUUUGUGGCGAUGACUCUGUACGGUGCUGUCCGGUUGACGGUCACCCUCUUCUUCCCCUCGGCCAUCGAGCGAGCGUCGGAGGCAAUCGUCAGCAUUCGGAGGAUCAAGAACUUUCUGCUACUUGAUGAGCUCCCGCAGCGCAAAGCCCAGGAGCCAUCUGACGGCAAAGCCAUCGUGCACGUGCAGGACUUAACCGCUUUCUGGGACAAGACAUUAGACACUCCAACCUUACAAGGCCUUUCCUUCACUGCCAGACCUGGGGAACUGCUAGCUGUGGUCGGCCCAGUGGGAGCAGGCAAGUCGUCCUUGCUGAGUGCGGUGCUGGGCGAGCUGCCCCCUGCCAGUGGGCUAGUCAGCGUGCACGGGAGAGUUGCCUACGUUUCCCAGCAGCCCUGGGUGUUCUCGGGGACCGUGAGGAGCAAUAUUUUGUUUGGGAAGAAGUAUGAAAAAGAGCGAUAUGAGAAAGUGAUCAAGGCCUGUGCUUUGAAAAAGGACUUACAGCUGCUGGAGGAUGGGGAUCUGACAGUCAUAGGAGACCGGGGAGCCACGCUGAGCGGAGGGCAGAAAGCACGGGUGAACUUGGCACGGGCAGUCUACCAGGACGCCGACAUCUACCUCCUUGAUGAUCCGCUCAGCGCUGUCGAUGCGGAAGUGGGCAAGCAUCUGUUCCAGAUGUGCAUUUGUCAGACUUUGCACGAGAAGAUCACCAUUUUAGUGACUCACCAGCUGCAGUACCUAAAGGCCGCCAGCCACAUCCUGAUACUGAAAGAUGGUGAGAUGGUGCAAAAGGGGACUUACACCGAGUUUCUGAGAUCUGGCGUAGAUUUUGGCUCCCUUUUGAAGAAGGAGACUGAGGAGGCUGAGCAUUUCUCAGCCCCGGGAACGCCGACGCUCAGGAACCGAACCUUCUCCGAGGCCUCCAUUUGGUCCCAGCAGUCAUCCAGACCUUCUUUGAAAGAUGGGGCCCCAGAGGGCCAGGAUACAGAGAACACGCAGGCAGCGCAGCCGGAGGAGAGCCGCUCAGAAGGGAAAGUCGGCUUCAAGGCCUACAAGAACUACUUUGCUGCUGGCGCGUCUUGGUUUUUCAUCAUCUUCCUUGUUCUGCUGAACAUGGCAGCUCAGGUUUUCUACGUUCUUCAGGACUGGUGGCUCUCCUACUGGGCAAACAAGCAGGGUGCUCUGCGUAACACUACAAAUGCAAACGGAAGUGUAACUGAGACGCUAGACCUUAACUGGUACUUAGGGAUUUAUGCAGGCUUGACUGGGGUUACAGUCUUUUUUGGCAUAGCAAGAUCCCUGCUGGUGUUCUAUGUUCUCGUGAACGCUUCCCAAACUUUGCACAACAGGAUGUUUACGUCCAUCCUGAAAGCCCCGGUGUUGUUCUUCGAUAGAAAUCCAAUAGGAAGGAUUUUAAAUCGUUUCUCCAAAGACAUCGGACAUAUGGAUGACUUGCUCCCCCUGACGUUUUUAGACUUCAUCCAGACGUUGCUGCUUGUGGUGAGUGUCAUAGCUGUGGCUGCUGCCGUGAUCCCCUGGAUCAUCAUACCCCUGGUCCCGCUAUCAAUCAUCUUCCUGGUCCUCCGGCGGUAUUUCUUAGAGACGUCAAGGGAUGUCAAGCGCCUGGAGUCUACAACACGGAGUCCGGUAUUCUCCCACCUGUCGUCCUCCCUUCAGGGACUGUGGACCAUCCGGGCUUAUAAAGCGGAAGAGAGGUGCCAGGAGCUGUUUGACGCACACCAGGACUUGCAUUCAGAGGCUUGGUUCCUGUUUCUGACGACGUCAAGAUGGUUUGCCGUGCGUCUGGAUGCCAUCUGUGCCAUUUUUGUCAUCGUCGUUGCCUUUGGGUCCCUUGCUCUGGCAAAAACUUUGGAUGCUGGACAGGUUGGCUUGGCCUUGUCCUACUCCCUCACGCUCAUGGGGAUGUUCCAGUGGUCUGUGAGACAGAGUGCCGAAGUGGAGAAUAUGAUGAUUUCUGUCGAGAGGGUAAUUGAAUACACGAACCUAGAAAAGGAAGCGCCUUGGGAGUGCAAGAAGCGCCCACCCCCAGGCUGGCCCCAUGAGGGAGUUAUCGUCUUCGACAACGUAAACUUCACCUACAGCUUGGACGGGCCUCUGGUGCUGAAGCACCUGACUGUACUCAUCAAGUCCAGAGAGAAGGUUGGAAUUGUGGGAAGAACCGGAGCUGGAAAAAGUUCCCUCAUCUCAGCCCUUUUCAGAUUGUCAGAACCGGAAGGAAAAAUCUGGAUUGAUAAAAUCUUGACAACUGAGAUUGGACUUCACGAUUUAAGGAAGAAAAUGUCAAUCAUACCCCAGGAACCAGUUCUGUUCACUGGAACAAUGAGGAAAAACCUGGACCCCUUUAAUGAGCACACGGACGAGGAGCUUUGGAAGGCCUUAGAAGAGGUGCAACUUAAAGAGGCCAUUGAGGAUCUUCCUGGUAAAAUGGAUACCGAGUUAGCAGAAUCGGGAUCCAACUUCAGUGUUGGGCAGAGACAGUUAGUGUGCCUCGCCAGGGCCAUCCUGAAGAAGAAUCGGAUAUUGAUCAUCGAUGAAGCGACAGCAAAUGUGGAUCCAAGGACGGAUGAGCUGAUCCAGCAGAAAAUCCGGGAGAAGUUUGCCCAGUGCACGGUGCUCACCAUCGCCCACCGCCUGAACACCAUCAUCGACAGUGACAAGAUAAUGGUUUUAGACUCAGGAAGACUGAGAGAAUAUGAUGAGCCAUAUGUUUUGCUGCAGAAUCCCGAGAGCCUCUUUUACAAGAUGGUUCAGCAGCUGGGCAAGGGCGAAGCCGCUGCCCUCACCGAAACAGCAAAACAGGUGUACUUCAGAAGGAAUUACCCAGACAUUACGUUCACCAGCCCCGCGGUUACGAACACCUCCAAUGGACAGCCCUCGGCCUUGACGAUUUUUGAAACAGCAUUGUGACUACCAAGAAAUAGAGUCCGUCCCACCUGUCUCCUCCGAGGGCCCCACACUUCACAGACUACGACACACUUGGUUUCCACUAUGCCGCAAAUCCUUCACACACAAGAUACUGGUGUCUUUGGAUUUUUUUUUCCCUCCAACUUUGUUCAGUGAUUUCAGGUUUGGUUUUGUUUAAGCGUUCCAGCUGUUCUUUCCUAGCCCAGUUCCGAGGUGCAGUCCACCGACAACGGCUGUCUACCAGGUUUUGUGCCUUAACAGACUCUAGGGCCAAAGCCCAUCCUUUUUACAAGCUGUCACAGCAGUUUGCUUCUUCGUGUUGCCUUUAA